AUGGCCGAGUCGGCCAUUGGCUCCGUGCUCGGCAACGUGAGCACCCUGGCGGUCCAGGAGACAACAUUCCUAUGUGGCGUCAACCUUGAAGUGGGAUUCUUGAAGGAUGAGCUGAGGUGGCUAAAGAGCUACCUUAAAUCCGCCGACGCCAAAAGGAGAUCAGGAGAUGAGCUUGUGGCUACCUGGGUCAGCCAGAUCAGGGAUGCGGCAUACGAGGCCGAGAAUGCCAUUGAAGCGGCCGACUACAUGGAGAAGAGAAACAGGCUCAAGAAGGGCUUCAUGGGUGCCAUCUCCAGGUAUGCUCGCUUGCCAAGUGACCUGGUUACCCUUCACACAAUUGGUGCUGAAAUACAGCGUGUAAAAAGGAAGGUCGGUGAGAUAUUUGAUAGUGCAAACCGUUUGAAAAUCAAUUUGGACACUAGUGAUGUAGAAAAUGUUCAUAUUGAGGAUGAGUAUCCACACGAUUAUGUUACUAUGCACCAAAACUUUCAAGAUAUUGACCUUGUUGGUUUUGGGGAUGAGUACAAAGAAAUAGUUGGCAAGUUAGUUGACAAAGAUGACAUAACUCUUAGUGUUGUCUCCAUAGUUGCCAUGGGUGGGGCGGGAAAAACAACACUCGCUAGAAAAGUAUACACUUCAUCUAGUAUCAAACAACACUUUGAGGCAGUUUCUUGGGUCACUGUAUCUCAAAAAUUCAAGGGCAUUGAUUUACUAAAGGAUAUUAUGAAACAAAUAAUAGGGGGCACAGAUGAGUCAAUUGCUAAGAUGAAUGAGUAUGAGGUGGGAAAGGAGAUCCAUGAUUUUCUAUUGCAAAAAAGAUACUUGAUAGUUCUUGAUGAUGUGUGGGAAACCGACACAUGGGACCAGAUAAAUAAAAGGGUUAAAGCUUUUCCAGAUGCAACUAAUGGUAGUAGAGUACUAUUAACCACCCGGAAGGAAGAUGUUGCAAAUCGUGUCCAAAUGCCAACCUAUGUUCAUCAUUUGAAGAAGUUAGAUGAAGAGAAAAGUUGGGAACUAUUUAGUUGCAAAGCUUUACCAUCAUACAAAAGGUCUGUCAUGCGUGAUGUGGAUGAGUUUGAAAAACUUGGGAGAAAGCUUGCAAAGAAAUGUGAUGGGUUGCCACUUGCACUUGCAGUUUUGGGGGGUUAUCUAUCAAAAAAUCUGAAUGCACAAAUAUGGUCUAAUAUACUCUCUGAUUGGCCAUCAACCAAGAAUGGACUGAUCAUGCGGGACAUACUGGCUCGCAGUUACAAGGACCUGCCAAAUCAUUAUUUAAGAGCUUGUUUUCUCUAUCUUGCUGCUUUUCCCGAGGACUUCAUAAUAUAUGUGCCAGACCUUAUUCAAUUAUGGAUAGCAGAAAGCUUCAUUCCACAUACACCAAAGCAUAUACUAGAAGUAACAGCGCGUAAUUAUGUAACCGAGUUGGCUCAGAGAAGCUUGGUACAAGUUGUUGGGAGAAGUACGGCACAUGGAUGGAUAGAGAGAAUAAGGAUUCUUAUGAAACUGCAAGUGACUGGUGCAUAG